GAGAAUAAAGCUCUCUGAUUGAGUGGAUGAGAAUAAAGCUCUCUGAUUGGAUGAGAAUAAAGCUCUCUGAUUGGAUAAGAGUGCCGCAUGAAACCACAUGAAGUCGCGUCUCUUCUCGAAACAAACACGGGGAAGUUAAAGGAUGCAACACAGUACUUGGAUAAGAUCAGAUGACUUCUGCUGUGCAGAAAUCAAACAUUUCAGCUCACAGAUCUGGUAAAAAAUAAAAAGAAGCGAAAGAAGAUCGGGAGUCUUUCUCAUUGGACAGGUGUCUGAGUGUGAGUGAGAGACUGUGAGAGAGACAUGGACAUGGAGAUGGAGAUGAUGGGCUCUCUGAAACAUCAGACAGAGGCUCUGAAACUUUUACACGAGCUUCAUUCAAACAGGAAGGUUAGAAAUAACUCCAACACAAACAGCACGACUGUACUUAUAGCUGAAAGAGCCAGGGAAAGUUUAUUAGCUCGUCUGGUGGACAUUUUAUCUCAGAUCAUAUCAAUAGAGCAGGAUUUAAUGAGAAGUCUCUCUGGAGAAGUGAGAUGUUUCCUCCGCCACAAGGACAGCGUGGACUUGAAGAACAUCUGCUUGAGGAUGGCUCUGAGCGAAAGCGGCCAUGAUUCGGACAGAAACCUGAAGGAGCUCCGGAUCUGUCUGCAGAUCCUAGUCAACAACCUGCUCUCAGCGGCGCGCGACCACAAUCACUUAUCGUCCACAGGAGCCACUCGACGGCUAAUGGGCAUAUCCAUCACCCUGCCUGACAUCUGAACUGCCGUGUUAUGUGGAGAGCUGCCUGCUUUUCACGCGGAACUGACAGCAGUGACUGGUUGGAGGGUUUUUUUUUUACUGCUCUCUUUAGCUUUUUAAACGAGGCCGAGCUGAGGCGCACCCGGAGCUCCAGCAGGAUCCUGGGCUUGGCUGAAUCACUGGAACAACUCCAAACUACCUCACAGGGUUGAGCUCGAAAUGAGCCCUUUUAUUUGAUUUGUGAAGGUAACAAAUCCCAGAAUAUGUGACCUCUGAUCUAUAAGCCUGCAUUCUCUGUUUAAUUGUGUAGGAUUUUUUAUUUAUUUAUUUUUUUAAUUUUUCUUAUUUUUAAAAAGAAAAUACUGUAAAUAAACAAGACAAACAGUAUUGUCAGUGUAUAGAUGCAUUUCCAUUGUAAUAACCUGGGGUGUUUUUCCUCUUAUUUUUAUUUUUAUCUAUGUAUGCUUAUUACGCUCAUUUGGCUGAUUUGUUUUCUCCAAAGCAACUUGUGUUUGAGACAGGAUUACAACUAAGUAUCGGAGGGUUAACUGCAGAUUGCAGUGACGCUGGUAUUAGGACUCGCAACCUUUUUACUACAUUAAACAACACUAAUGUAACAGUUCGUUUCUGAGAAAAGGACAUUGGGAACUUUUUUUUUUUUUUUUUUUUUUUUUUUUAAUGAGGGUACAGCUUUUUUUUUUUUUGGAUAAACUUUUAGACAAGUUUUAAAGGUAGAACUUUUGUGUCCUUGUACUUGUACUACUUCUUUUCUGUUUGAAGACAUGAAGGUUACAUUGUCAGUGUUAUUGUCAAUGUGAAGGCGUAUCUCCAUUGUAAUGACCUGAAUCGUUUCACCCAUCUGCACCUAUUUAUUAGGAUAGUGUAAUAGUUGGCUGUUUGGUCAUACUUCUGUUGUUAUCUCCAUAAUGUCAACCAGGACAUGCUUAUAAUGCCUUUCCGCUUAGCAGGCCGUUUUACAGGUGUAACAAGUUCAGUGACUGACAACGCAGAAAAGUAUCUGACCGAGCAAUAUUAUUAGCACCUAAACAAACAACAAACUGUGUUUUAGUGUGUGGCAGUUAAAGGGUAGUCCCGAACUGUACACUCUCAGAAAGAAAGGUACAUUUCCUUAUAGCUGGGGUGGCAGUCUCAAGGGUACAACUUUUGUACCUGUAGCCAUUUAUCUUGGAUGUUGCAUGUAGUUUACUUUUAAAGCUUUACUUGAACAACUACAGUUCAUUUAUGCACUUUAAGUUAUUUUAAAGGUACAUUAUAUCUGUUUCCAGGUGAAAGAUGUGUAUUAAAUGUACAAAAGAUUGGCACAACACCAGCAAUGAAGAAAUGUACAGGUUUUUAGUGUUUUUUUAUUAUUAUUAUUAUUAUUAUUAUUAUUAUUAUUAUUAUUUUAAAUGACGAGGUAGAGGUCAGUGCACGGACUUUGUCAAGACCUUAAUUAAAAACUUAAUUUAUAAAUUAUUAAAUACUGUACAUACUGAUUAAAGCUUAAAGUAUUGAUGAAGCACAUUAAUAAAAUAAUCUACAUGCAUCAUAAUGAUAAAUCUCACAAGUGUAACUGUACUGCAAAGUGUGAAAUGAUGUUAAAAAAUAAAAUAAAAUCUUGUGUAUUGGUAUUGAUCCAAUAAAUAUCCAAGGAAAAUGGAUGAUUCUAGCAAUUAUUUUAACUCUGAGGCAUGACCAU